AUGAACGAAAACAAACUCAUUCAAAAUGCCAAGGCUAAACAUAUUCACAUUGAAAAAAUAAAACACCAAAAUGGUACUACUUCCAAGUCCAGUUUUGUUAAUCGCUGCACUACCGGCGGAAAUAAAAGUGAUUUAGGUGAACAUUUUAUAGCUCCCGAUGGUGGAUGGGGAUGGCUGGUAGCCAUAGCAUCGGGAGUGAGCAUUCUAGUCACAUAUCCUGUUUUGCUACAAUUUGGUAUAUUAUUUAGAAAGAAAUUUUUUAACAUUGGAAUUAGUAGCUCAGAAAUAACAACAAUAAUAAAUACACAACAAGCAGCGGCCAUGUGUUCAGGACUCAUCAAUGGUCCUCUAUUUCGUCAUUUUUCACUUCGACAAGCUGCAUUAAUUGGGAAUUUUUUCGUUUUUUCUGGACUCUUCUUGGCUGCCUUCGCAAAUUCAUUUUUCUCCUAUAUUAUAUCUAUUUCACUUUUGUAUGGAACUGGAAGAGGUAUUAUGUUCUCCACAAUGACUGUAGCUGUUAAUACUUAUUUCAAAAACAAACGCCAAGUAGCCACAGCUUAUCAAUAUGCAGUUGCUGGAAUAGGACCUAUUGUCCUGCCUUUUAUAAUCACAUUUUUGGUUUCUUAUUAUGGUGUUACUGGAGCUGUUUUAUUGCUAAGUGGCUUUUCACUUCACAAUCUUGCAUGCUCAGCAAUAUAUCAACCUGCCAAAUGGCAUGCAAAGAAAGUUCCUGAAUCCAGACCAUUAAAAAAUCUUGAAUCUCGUCAUCGAAUUGAAGAUUCUGAUUCUGAUGAACCAUUUGUUUUUGAAACUUGCAAGUUGCAAGUAAACAAAGGAUCUCUUCAAAAUGUUAAACAUAAUGAUCCACCAACUAAAAAGGAAGAAGAAAAAAUGCAUGAAAAAACAUUUGAUUCACCUAAAAUAUCGACAAUUUUCGAAAAGAUUGUUGUCAUUUUCGACUUGAAUCUGCUGAAGGAUUUUGGUUAUGUCAAUAUUGUCUUGGGUUUAACCUUUAUGAAUAUUAUUCAAAUGAACUUUCACUAUUUGACGCCAUUUAUAUUAAAUGAAUUCGGUCUAAGUAACAAUCGAAUAGCUGCAGCUAUGACUGUUGAAGCUAUUUGUGCAUUUAUAACAAAAUUUUUAAUUGUCUUCUUUGUAACAAGACUUAAAUGUGAUAACAAAAUCUGUCUUAUAUUGGGUUGUUUAGCAAUGGCUUUGGGAAGAACUGUUUUGGUGUACAGUAGAAAUAAUAUUGUGGUCAUGAUUUGCUUUGGAUGGAUAGGUUUCAGCGCGGCAAUAUUUCUUGUGUUUUGGAUUCUUAUACUGCCAAGUUAUGUUCCAUUGAAUAGACUUCCAGCAGCAAUUGGCUUACAAAGACUUAUAAUGGGAAUAUGUAAUUUAAUUAUUGGACCUUUUAUUGGUCUUAUUCGAGAUGCUACCAAUUAUGCAUCUAUUCUUCACAUAAUGAAUGUUCUUAUUGGAAUUGUCAUUAUUUCUUGGAUAGGUGAAGAUAUUUACAAAAAGCGGAGGCGACAAAUCAAAACAAGUGAUAAAAUAAAAGCCAUUAACUAA